AUGGGUAUCUCCCGUGCUACCAAGGAGGCCUGGUUCUCCAGGCUCAACGAGCUGCUCGACAAGUACCCGUCGAUCUUCAUCGUCAACGUCGACAAUGUCGCCUCGCAGCAGAUGCACCAGAUCCGCCAGUCGCUCCGCGGCAAGGCCGUCGUGCUGAUGGGCAAGAACACCAUGGUCCGCCGUGCGCUCCGCAUGGUCCUCGCCGAGAGGCCCGAGUUUGAGAAGCUCAUGCCCCACGUCAAGGGCAACAUCGGCUUCGUCUUCACCUCGGGCGACCUCAAGGACGUCCGUGGCCAGAUCCUCGACAACCGUGUCGCCGCCCCCGCCCGUGCCGGCGCCUACGCCCCCGAGGACAUCUACGUCAAGGCCGGCAACACCGGCAUGGAGCCCGGCAAGACGUCGUUCUUCCAGGCCCUUGGUGUCCCCACCAAGAUUGCCCGUGGUACCAUUGAGAUUGUCGGCGACGUCAAGGUCGUCAACGCCGGCUCGCGCGUCGGCACCUCGGAGGCCACGCUGCUCAACAUGCUCAACAUCUCGCCCUUCACCUACGGCAUGACGGUCGUCCAGAUCUACGACCAGGGCCAGUGCUUCGAGUCCGACGUCCUCGACGUCAGCGAGGAGACCCUCGUCGACCGAUUCGUCCUCGGCAUCAAGCAGGUCGCCUGCAUCUCGCUCGCCCUCAACUACCCCACCAUCGCCUCCGUCAUGCACUCGCUCGUCAACGGCUACAAGAACCUUAUCGCCGUCUCGCUCGCCACCGACUUCGAGUUCGAGGGCUCCAAGAAGGCCAAGGAGUACCUCGCCAACCCCGAGGCUUUCGCUGCCGCCGCCGCCCCCGCUGCUGCCGCUGCCGGUGGUGAGGCUGCCGCCGCCCCCGCCGCCGAGGAGAAGGCCGAGGAGGCCGAGGAGUCCGACGACGACAUGGGCUUCGGGCUUUUCGACUGA